CCGCCCGCUGCCAAGAUGGCGCCGCCGCCUUCACGUCGUCCUGGCAACGGGCGCUUCCGCCCUCCUCUCUCCCUCUCCCCCGCCUCCCCACCGAGAUCUCGCGAGAGCUCGCGGUGCCACGUCGGGCCAGAGCCGGAGCGGGAGCGCGAGCGGAGCGCGCGGACGGAGCCCGGGGCCAUGGCGGCCGCCGGGACACGCGGAGUCGCCGUCACCGUCGCCAUCGCCGCGCUGGCCCUGGGGCUGCUGCCGGGACACGGCGCCGCGCACGAGGAUCCGCACCGUGAGCACGAGGAUCCGCACUACGGCCACGGCCACUCGCACGAGGAGCCGCGCCACGGGCACGGCCAUUCACACGAGGGGCUCUACCAUGGCCAUGGCCACUUGCACGAGGGGCUCUACCAUGGCCAUGGCCACUCGCACGAGGAUCUGCACCACGGCCACUCGCACAAGGACCCGCACCAUGGGCACCCGCACGAGGGGCUCUACCAUGGCCAUGGCCACUCGCACGAGGAGCCGCACCACGGGCACGGCCACUCGCACGAGGGGCUCUACCAUGGUCACGGCCACUCGCACGAGGAGCCGCACCAUGGCCACUUGCACGAGGGGCUCUACCAUGGUCAUGGGCACUCGCACGAGGAGCCGCACCACGGCCACUCGCACAAGGACCCGCACCAUGGGCACCCGCACGAGGGGCUCUACCAUGGCCAUGGCCACUCGCACGAGGGGCUCUACCAUGGGCACGGCCACUCGCACGAGGAGCCACACCCACGGCACGGCCACUCACACGAGGAUCUGCACCACGGCCAUGGGCACUCACAUGAGGGGCUCUACCAUGGCCAUGGCCACUCGCAUGAGGAGCCGCGCCCCCCGCCCCGGCGGGACACGCUGACGCUGUGGCUGCAGACGCUGUCGGCCACGCUGCUGGUGAGCGCCGCGCCGCUGCUGCUGCUGCCGCUGGUGCCGCUGGAGCCCGGCGCCCCCCGGCACCGCCAGCGCCUGCGCCUGCUGCUCAGCUUCGCCGCGGGGGGGCUGCUGGGGGACGCCUUCCUGCACCUCAUCCCCCACGCCAUCGCCCCCCACGCGCAUCACGAGGACGCUGACCCCGCUGGCCACGGUGGCCACGGCCACUCGCACGGGGCGCAGCACGGGCACAUGGUGGCCGUGGGGACGUGGGUGCUGGCCGGGAUUGUCACCUUCCUGGUGCUGGAGACGCUGGUGCGACACGUGCGCGGCGGCCACAGCCACGGCCACGGUCACGGUGACGGUCACGGGGCCAAGGCCAAGAGCAGCUCGAGCGAGGGGGACGAGGAGCCGGACGGGACGGUCCCCAAGGGCCACCACAAGGGCCACCACAAGGGCCACCACAAGGGCCACCGCGGGAAGAGCGGGGACGGGGGCGAGGAGGCGGGCAUGGGGGUGUCCGGGUACCUGAACCUGGUGGCCGACGUGGCCCACAACUUCACGGACGGGUUGGCCAUCGGCGCCUCCUUCCUGGGGGGGGCGGCGCUGGGGACGGUGACAACGGUGACGGUUCUGCUGCACGAGCUGCCGCACGAGCUCGGGGACUUCGCCAUCCUGGUGCAGGCGGGAUGCAGCAAGAGCCAGGCCCUGCGUCUGCAGCUGCUGACGGCGCUGGGCGCGCUGGCGGGGGCCGCCUGCUCGCUGCUGGCCGAGGGGGGGGCGGCCGGGGGGCCCCCGGCGCCGGGGGGGGUCCUGCCCUUCACCGCCGGCGGCUUCAUCUACCUGGGGACGGUGACGGUGCUGCCGGAGCUGCUGCGGGACGCGCGGCCGCCCCAGGCGCUGGCCCAGCUGCUGGCGCUGCUGGCCGGGGUGGCCAUGAUGGCGGCCAUCGCGCACUGCGAGUGACGCCCCCCCGUGGGGACACCCCCCGCGUGGGGACACCCCCCCCGUGGGGACACCCCCCCGCGUGGGGACACCCCCUGCCAAAGGGGACAUGUCUUCCCGGGGGGGUGACACCACGUACGGGAGGGUUUGGUUACUGGGGCCUUGGUGGCCAUGAUGGCGGCCAUUGCCCACUAUGGGUGACACCCCGUCAAAGGGGACACCCCGCUCUGUGGGGACACACCCCCUCUGUGGGGACACCCCCCCCCGUGGGGACACCCCCUGCCAAAGGGGACACGUCUCCUCGGGGGGUGACACCAUGUUUUGGGGGGUUUGGUUACUGGGGCCUUGGUGGCCAUGAUGGCGGCCAUUGCCCACUAUGGGUGACACCCCGUCAAAGGGGACACCCCGCUCUGUGGGGACACCCCCCCCCGUGGGGACACCCCCCCGCGUGGGGACACCCCCUGCCAAAGGGGACAUGUCUCCUCGGGGGGGUGACACCAUGUUUUGGGGGGUUUGGUCAUUGGGGCCUUGGUGGCCAUGAUGGCGGCCAUUGCCCACUAUGGGUGACACCCCCUCCAUGGGGACACCCCCCCCUUCUUGGGGUCACACACCUCAUUUGGGGGGGUGACAUCACAUUUCAGGGUUGACAUCACAUUUCAGGGGGGUGACAUCACAUUUCGGGGGGUGACACCACGUUUUGGGGACAUUUGGGGGCCGGUGGCCAUGAUGGCGCCAUCGCCCACUACGAGUGACCCCCAGUUUUUGAGGGGGGACGCACCUCGGGUUGGGGGUCACACUCCAUUUUGGGGGCUGGCAGUCCAUUUUGGGGGGUGACACCCCUGGUUUUUGGGGGGACACCCUGAUUUUGGGGGGUUGGGCCCUCAGGGGAGCCAUGUUUAACCAGGCCUCACUGGGGGGUCCCCCAGUUUUGGGUGUUUGGGACCAAGGGGGGUGACAUGGGGGGACCCAGGUGUCCGGGGGGGGUCACCUGUUGUGGGGGUGUCAGGGUUGUUUUUUAUAAUAACUGUAACGAAUUGUGGAUUUGAUUAAUUGAAGAAUAAAUGAGAUGAACCAAUGAGGCGCUGGGGGGACCCAGCGCCCGGGCUGAGGCGUCA